AUGAGGGGCAAUGCUUUUGCGUUUGUGGACGGACUGCGCAUCGAAGGUGACGCAGCAGCCUCCGUCGUAAACGGAGUAGAACUACCUACUACUUCUCUACCGUCACGACCAGAAAUGGAGGUGGAUAGAAGUAAGGGAUCGGAGAUGAUUGCGCCUUGCCUCUGUAAAGGAACAGCGAAGUGGGUCCACAGACAUUGUUUAGACGAGUGGCGAGCCGUCGGAGGCGCUCAGAAUCGACGCAAUUUUUCACACUGUCGCGAAUGCGGCUUUCAGUUUGUCAUCGAGCCGCCUCCCGACGAAAGCGUUCGCAGUAAAGAGGAGCGCAAGCGGGAGCGGCGUCUCCUACGACUCCGAGUUAAGUAGACGCAAUACAAUUGAUUUCAAGAAUUCAUUUCUACAAGAGUCAUCUCUUGCUGUUUCCUUCUUAGGUGGAAGUUCUUGAGAAAUGACCUAAAGAUGAAAUGAGUAAGUAAUUAAAUUGUUUUGCUACUUUUGAGCUCUAACCGAGCGCGCGUUCUGCGGUACGGUUGCGCUCUCUUCGUUGCGGUUCAAUUCGUGGCUCUGGGGCUGGGUUUCGCGACGGCGCAAGUGGAUCAACGCUUCAACAGCAGCAGGCUGUGGCAUCUGCUGCACGAUGAAUACCCGGACUGGCUGCGAGACCCAUUGCUGGUUGACGAGACGAGCAUCUAUCACAAAAAUGGCAUUUACUAUCUCUAUGGUCUGGCAGAACUGCAGACUCUUAUAGGGCUUGUUGUAGUGAUGCGCAACCUUUGCACCAAUGAAGAUGCUCCAGCGCAGACUCAAGGCGUACAGGCAGAUGUUGCAAAUGAAAGUAACGAAGCUGAGGUGACAGAAGGCGGACGCGGUGAUGAUGGAGCUUUACCUGCGGAGACUGGUGCUGCCUUAUGCGUGACAUAUUGA